AUGACUGCGGAGGUGGAGAUUAAUCCGUUUAGACCUGGUGGUGAACUUUCAAAGGAAGUGGAUGAUAUCUUGAAAAACUCUACAAUUUCGAGGGAUACGAUAAUUAUCAAUGAUCCAGCGUUGCGCCGCGCCAACGGAAAUGCGACAUCUGUUGACGGGAUUAUAUCCAAUAAUGUUCACACAAAAUGUGCUGAAUCACCUUUCAAAUCCCAAACGUCCAAUGGUCUCAGUGUUACCGAUCGUUCUCCACAUCCACCUGGUCUAGUAACGUGCGAGGUGGUAUCUCAACAUAUACAGCCACUUCAAAGUCCGACAUUUCAAUCUAGCCAAGUUGAACAUGUCAAUAUAAAGAGCAUGAAGCUAAUAAACUUAAAUAAAAUCUAUCCCGUUGACAAUCUGAUGAAAUAA